AUGGCUUCCGUGCCGACUAUUCGUAUCGGCUAUGUGCCCGAGCACUAUUUGACCCCUCUACACCUGGCCUUGCGCUCUCCGGCCGUAUCCGCCCUCCCAUACAAGAUCGUCCUUACUCCAUUCCCAUCUGGCACGGGCCAUAUGAUCACAUCGCUGCGCGGCAAUGAAAUCGACAUUGCCAUUGGUUUGACUGAGGGCUGGGUUGCCGGCUUGACAGGAAAGACGCAACCACAGAACCCCGCCGAGGGAGGAUACAAGGUCGUCGGUCACUGGGUGGAUAACCCUCUGCGAUGGGCAAUUGUCACAGGUCGCAACCGGGACAAUAUCAAUGGCGUGCCAGACCUGAAGGACCAAAGAGUUGGUGUUAGCCGUCUCGGCAGCGGCUCUCAUAUCAUGUCCUUCGUUCUCGCCCAGCAGCAGGGCUGGAAGCCAGACUCCCUGAGCACCGUUCCUCUGGGUCCUUUUGGCGCCCUCCGGAACGGCGUCACUGGACAGGAUGAGGCAAACACUAGCCAGGAACCCAAUCCGACAGCUGAGUUCUUCAUGUGGGAGCAUUUCACGACUAAACCAUUCUUCCACCCGACCACUGAAAAGCCCAACCCACCACUGAAGAACAUCGGCGAGAUCUUCACUCCCUGGCCAUCAUGGAUGAUUGUCGCAUCGACCGCCGUCUUCCCAGACCCUCAGAACGACUCCCGACUGCAGGAACUGUUCCAGGCUCUGGACCAGGGUAUUAAGGACUUCGAGGCCAAUACUGCCCAAGUCGUAAAGCUGUUGGGUACUGGCGAGCUCGGCUGCAAUUAUAUUGAGGAGGAUGCGACAGAGUGGUUGAAAGAUGUCAAGUUUACGAAUGCUACUCGUGGCGUUGAUCGUAACGUUAUCGAGGGCGUUGUGGAUAUCUUGAAGAUGGCUGGUGUCAUUGAUACGGCCAUGAGCAAUGAUGAGGCUAUUCAGCGGGUGAUUGGAAUUCCUCGGUAG